UAUCAGAAUGGUUCAUAUGUGAAAAGAACAAGCCCUGAAAUGCAAGACGAUUAUUAAUCAAUAAUCACGACAAAUAGAUAGAUGAUGUGUGGAAAAAAGUAAUUAAACAAGUAGUAGAAUGAAUAGAGAAUGAUGGAGAAACUUGAGGGAGUACCCGGGCCAGAAUAUUUAAAUUCAAAGUUCCAAAUUAGUGUGUGUUAGUUGGAAGAUGAAAGAUGGAGAGGGACGGUAAAAGGAGUAUGGAAGGCCCUGCGGAGAAACUUCCUCUUGAGGUUAUUGGGGAUAUACUGUCUCGUGUACGAAUUGCACGAGAUAUGAUCAGAGCUUCUGUAACUUGUCGUAGGUGGCGAGAGGCCUAUGUCAAACACCUUCAUACUCUUUCAUUCAAUGAUUUUGAUGAUCGUGUCUACCACGAGCUUCCUACUUGUGACUUGGAAGUGUUGAUCACGACGACCAUUUUUCAAACACCCGCUUUGCGAAAAUUAUGCAUUCAAAUAGAUGACAAGCACGAGUUUUCGGCUGGUUCAGUUGUGGGCUUCUCUUCUUUGGAGAAUGUGGGGGUCUUGGAGAUUGGAUGUGAAGCUCUUGACGGCUUCUGGGAAUGGGCAGAGAAGGUUUUGAGACGUUGCCCAAAUGUUAGGAAGUUGAUCAUCCGUAUGAUUAUUGAAAAAUACAAACAUUUAUGGGGUCCCAUGGACUAUAAUGCCACUACCAACUCAUCAAGGAAUAAAAUGUUGAGGAAGUAUCACUGCGAGGAUUUAGCUGAGCGAACCUCAUCGGCGGUUGAAAUGAUGAGAAAGUAUCCACAUCUACGAGUGGAGUUUGUGUAUGUGUAUCAGUCUGAUCGGUGAGGGUGGCCGGCAAACAGGAAUGGUU